UGAUGACAUUUAAAGAUGCCGAUUUUGGCAUUGGACAUAAAAACGGUAAAAUUAAUUACCACUACACAAAUAAUAACAUCCGUGUACGCCGUAGUAAAAGAAUUAAUAGAAAAUGCGAUCGAUGCCGAUGCAGACAAUAUCGAAAUUAACCUUGUACGUCAACUGUAUAAUGUAGUAUAUUUCUGUAUUUACAUGAUGCUUUUUAAGGAAAUGCAUUAUAUUCCUUUAUAUACUCUUCAGGUAGAUAACGGUACAUCUUUAAUAGAGGUGAAGGAUAAUGGGUACGGCAUAUCUAAGAAGGAUGCACCAUACAUGGCAUUACCUUCCUACACGUCUAAAAUAGCAAAUUUUGAAGAUCUAGAUGCACUACGAACAUUUGGAUUUAGAGGAGAAGCGCUUAGCGCAGUAUGUGCAGUAGCAGAAGUUACUAUUAUAACAAAAACAGAAGAGGAUAACGUUGGAACUUCAUAUGUAAUGAAUAAUGAUGGACAAAUUGUAAACUGUGAAUCUUGUCAUAAAAGUAAAGGCACUACAGUACAAGUAAGAAAUUUAUUUAAACAAGUGCCUGUGAGGAGACAAAUAAUUAUGAAUACGAAGAAAGCUAAUCAGACUAUUAAAUUAUUGGAGAUUCUAAUGCAAUGUUUUGGGAUAUGUAAACCAAAUGUACGAAUUCAGUUUAGAGUGAAUAAUAAUAUUAUGUUUACAAAACCAAGUCUAAAUAAUAUCAGAGAAGCUGUAAAUCAUAUACUUGGCAGAAAAAUUAUGUCUAACAUGGAAUGGAUUGAGUCUAAGGAUGCAGAGUUCACUCUGCAAUUAAUGUUGCCUUCAAAAAAAGUACAAGAUUUAUCAGAAAUUUCUUAUCCUGAUUUACAUUAUAUUCUUGUAAAUAAUAGACCUAUUAAGCAUAAGGCUCUUGAAAAGAAUAAAGUCCUUAAUGCUGUAGAUAAAUGUAUAAGAAAAUUCUAUGGACUUAAAGCUACAGAGAUUGUUGAACAAAACGUGUCGUUAGACACAUCUGUCUGUUAUGAGGAUUAUGCAUCUAAUCCGAAUGAAAAUAUUGCUGAAUGGCCUGCGUGCAAAAAACGAAAAAUACAAGAAAGUAUUAUUCAAGAAAAUAUUGUCAAAGAAAAAUCAAUACUUAAUAACAGUAACGAAUGUAAAAAAUCUUCUCAAAAUGACCAACAGAAUGAUAAUCAAACUCAUAAUCAGAAACAUCAUGAAGAUGCAUUGGCUUUAACAACUCUUAUACAAUCACCGAAUUUGAGCGAUUCUGAUUCAAAUGAUUCCUUUUCUACCACAACAAUGAUUAAGGAUAAGGUAGCAGAUGAAAGAUUAACUUUAAGUCAACUGCCUACAGUAGAUCUUGGUGAAGAUUUUGACUUUAUAGAAGAAAUUGAAAACUCUAAUAUUUCCAUGAACAAAAAUGAUGCAAAAACUAAAGAAAAUAUCCAAGAAAAAGAGAAAAUUACAAUGGAAAUGUGGAGUAAAGGACAAGUCAUUGGACUUAAGGGUGGUACAGAUAUAAAAUCGGAUAUUGCUACUGAAAAAUUAAAUGACAACUUAAAUAAUAAACUUGAUGAAACAUUGGAAUCAAAUAGAGCACAUGUUGACCACAAAGAUCUUAAUUUCUUAAAACAUGUUAGAUUACAAGUUGCAAAAGAAAAUCCUACAUUAACUGCAGCCCAAACUGCAAGAAAAAUUACCGACUUUUGGAAGCAAUUGUCAUCCGAAGAGCGUGGUUAUUAUCGCGAUCUUGCACAAGAAGAAGAAAAGGAACAUAAAACACACGAAAAGCCUGAGGGAAAAAUCAAUGCAAAUAAAGUAGUCUCAGGAAAAAAUAAGAACAGACUUUUACAAUUGUUUGAGAAAAUGAAAAACGCAAAAAAUGAGAGAAGAGAAAACUUAAAUAUGAGGACAAUAGUACCUUGGAUCAUCGACAGAGCUAAAAUAAUCACAAGAUCAGAUUUUGAAAAUGAACACAUAAUAGGUCAAUUGACAUCCAACUUAUGGGUUGCUACAAUUUGUGAACAGAUGUGGGUUGUAGAUAUUACUGGUCUGAUCAAAGGUUUGAAAGUUACCAAUAUUGAUGUAAAUAAGGGUUUUGUCAAAGUAGUUAAGAAUAAGCAGUACUUCAAACGAUACCAAGUUAAAUUCAAGAGGCGUCGUGAAGGAAAGACUGAUUAUUAUGCUCGUAAGCGGCUGACUAUUCAGGACAAGAACAAGUACAAUACACCUAAGUAUAGGUUGAUUGUACGUUUGUCCAACAAGGAUAUUACAUGUCAGGUUGCCUACUCAAGAAUUGAAGGAGAUAGGAUUGUAUGUGCUGCUUACAGCCAUGAACUUCCUAAAUAUGGAGUUAAAGUUGGUCUUACCAAUUAUGCAUCUGCUUAUUGCACCGGUUUGCUCCUGGCUAGGAGACUUCUUAAGAAGCUGGGAUUAGACUCCUUAUACGUGGGUACCACAGAAGUGACUGGCGAUGAGUACAAUGUCGAGGAAUUGGACGAUGGCCCAGGUGCAUUUAGAUGUUACCUGGACACCGGAUUAAUGCGUACCACGACGGGCGCCCGAGUUUUCGGUGCUAUGAAAGGUGCGGUUGAUGGUGGUCUCAAUAUCCCUCAUAGUACCAAGAGAUUCCCUGGCUAUGAUGGCGAAUCAAAAACAUUCAAUGCAGAUGUGCAUCGACAACACAUAUUCGCUCAACAUGUUGCAAACUAUAUGAGAACUUUAGAAGAGGAGGAUGAUGAAGCUUUCAAGAGACAGUUUUCACAAUAUAUUAAGAAUGGCAUCUCCGCGAAUGAUAUCGAGAAUAUAUACAAGAAAGCCCACGAAGCCAUCAGAGCUAACCCUGAACACACGAAAGUCACCAGGGAGAAACCAGUUAUCAAGAAGAGAUGGAAUCGCGCGAAAUUGUCACUGUCCGAGAGGAAAAAUCGCGUUGCCCAAAAGAAAGCUUCUUUCCUCAAAACCUUGGAGGAAGCAGAGGUGUAAUCAUUUGUUCAGGAUCGUCUUUUCAAUGUGUACACAAAUUUAUGUGUAUUAAUCAAUCAAGAAUAAAAGAAACUAUACAAAAAAAAA